AUGGCUAAAAUUGGACGAGAAGUAAUUUCGGUGCAUGUCGGUCAAGCUGGAGUUCAAAUCGGUAAUGCUUGUUGGGAAUUAUAUUGUCUUGAACAUGGUAUACAACCAAAUGGCAUUUUACUCGAUGAGCAAGCGUUUAUCAGUGAAGACGAUUCAUAUAAUACUUUUUUCGCUGAGACAUCUCACGGCAAGCAUGUUCCUCGAGCUGUAUUUAUCGAUCUCGAGCCGACGGUCGUAGAUGAAGUGCGUACUGGUACAUACAGGACUUUAUUUCAUCCGGAACAACUAAUUACUGGCAAAGAAGAUGCGGCGAACAAUUAUGCUCGAGGGCAUUACACUAUUGGCAAAGAAAUCAUCGAUGUUUGCAUGGACAGAAUCCGAAGACUAACUGAAAUGUGUGGCGGCCUUCAAGGCUUCCUUAUAUUUCAUUCUUUUGGUGGUGGCACAGGAAGUGGGUUUUCGGCUUUGCUCAUGGAAAGGCUUUCAAUCGAUUAUGGAAAGAAAUCGAAACUUGAAUUCAGCAUAUAUCCAGCUCCAAGAGUGAGUACAGCGGUGGUGGAACCCUACAACUCCAUCUUAACAACGCAUACUACACUGGAGCAUUCGGACUGUUCAUUUAUGGUUGACAAUGAAGCAAUCUAUGAUAUAUGCAGAAGGAAUCUCGGAAUCAUUAGGCCAACAUACACAAAUCUGAAUCGUUUGAUAGCGCAAAUCGUUUCUUCAAUCACUGCUUCAUUGCGAUUCGAUGGCGCACUUAAUGUGGAUCUGACUGAAUUCCAAACAAAUCUGGUGCCGUAUCCUCGCAUUCAUUUUCCACUCGCUACUUACGCACCUAUCGUAUCAAGUGAGCGAGCAUUUCAUGAACAGCUUUCGGUCUCUGAAAUAACGAAUCAAUGUUUCGAACCUGGAAAUCAAAUGGUGAAGUGUGAUCCACGACAGGGCAAAUUCAUGGCAUGUUGCCUUCUAUUUCGAGGUGAUGUUGUACCUAAGGAUGUAAAUUCAGCGAUUGCUGCAAUUAAGACAAAAAGAUCAAUUCAAUUCGUUGAUUGGUGUCCGACAGGUUUCAAAGUUGGAAUAAAUUAUCAACCACCUACGGUUGUUCCUGGUGGAGAUCUGGCCAAGCUUCAGCGAGCUGUUUGUAUGCUUGCGAACACAACCUCAAUUGCCGAAGCAUGGGCAAGACUAGAUUAUAAGUUCGAUCUAAUGUAUGCAAAGAGAGCUUUUGUUCACUGGUAUGUUGGAGAAGGAAUGGAAGAAGGAGAAUUUUCGGAAGCACGUGAGGACUUAGCUGCACUCGAGAAAGAUUAUGAAGAAGUUGGCGUUGAUACAUAUGAGUUCACUGAUUACUGA